AUGCCAGACAAAGGAGUCUGCCCAGUACGGCCAGCUCUCCGUGAAAGGGAACGGUCCGGUUGGCGGCGUCGAGUUUUCAUUUCGAGAGCACUUGACGAUGGUGAGCAACAAUUGCUCAGCACAGAAAACUUCCAUACCGGAUCUGUGAGCCCUCGUGAAACACACGCCUCGACGGCCUCAUUAAAGAGAGCAGGGAACUUUUGUUCCCCACCUUCACCGUGGAAUCUUGAGGAUGAAAACAGUAGGCUAGGCGGAACGAUUUCCAUGUGUCGAACAGAAUUAACUUUCUUUUUUGGGAGGCAGCGGAUCAAAAGCAUGUGUGACUGA